AUGGAAGAACAGGUAGCAAAUGCCAUUGAGAUCGCCUGGAAUCCGACCUCCGACCAAGCUCUCAAAUCGCAAGCCUACGACUACCUCAACCAACUCCGCUCCGACCCCUCCGGAUGGCAGGUCUGCCUCGCCCUCUUCACCAAGUCUCCACAGCAGCCCGAGGUCGUACGGCAUGUCAGCUUGGAAAUUGUCAAUAGUGCCGCUCAGGUCGGUCUGAUCGAUCCGGCCUCACUGCUGGUCGUUCGUGAUGGUUUGCUUGGUUACCUCCGCCAAGUGUACGGACCCGAAGCCUCUGUCGCCCCCGAUGCACCCUACAUCCAAAACAAAAUUGCACAGACGGUCACCUACCUCUUCUCUUCGCUCUACGCUAACGGCUGGGAGACAUGCAUCGACGAUCUUCUCGCUCUGACUUGUAAGUCCGCAGCUAGCUCGGGCCGGGACAAUCAGCUAGGAAUUGUUUUCUACCUGCGCGUGCUCAACUCGAUUCAUGAGGAGAUCGGUGAUGUGCUGGUUUCGAGGUCCCGCGGUGAGCAGGACAAGGCAAACACACUGAAGGACUUGAUCCGUGAGAGGGACAUGCAGAAAAUUGCCAACUCGUGGCAGGAGAUUAUGGCGGUCUGGCGGGACGGCGAUGAUUUGAUCAUCGAGAUGUGUCUGAAGGCCGUUGGCACGUGGGUCAGCUGGAUUGACAUCGGCCUGGUCGUGAACCAGACCAUGUUGGAUCUAUUGUUCCAGCAGCUUGGACGGGCCGAGAAGCAGGAGCUCCGGGAAGGCGAGCAGCGGGUGCGCGAUGCUGCUAUCGAUGUUUUCACGGAGAUCAUUGGUAAGAAGAUGAAGCCUUCCGACAAAAUCGAGAUGAUCGUCUUUUUGAACCUCGACUCGAUCAUCACGCAGCUGUCAAACAGCCCUCCCCUACGAGAGAACCGCUUCACAUUCAAGUAUGAUACAGAUCUGGCCGAGACCGUCGCCAAGCUUGUCAACAACACAGUUGUCGAUAUUGUGCGAGUUUUGGAGAACGACAGCGGGCCUAUCAAGGAGAAGGCAGACAACCUUUUGCAGGUCUUCCUGCCGCACAUUCUGCGAUUCUUCUCCGACGAGUACGACGAAGUGUGUUCGACUGUUAUUCCCUGCGUCAACGAUACCCUCACCUACAUCCGCAAGCUCUCCAAGGCGAACCCAUCCUUCGAAGCGCGCAACAAAACUAUUCUGCUUCCGAUUCUCAAGGCCAUUGUAGCGAAGAUGCGGUACGAUGAGACCUCUAACUGGGGCGACGAAGAUGAACAGACCGAUGAGGCGGAGUUCCAAGAUUUGCGCAAGAGACUGGGUGUCUUGCAGCAGAUUAUCUCCUCUGCUGAUGAGCAGCUUUACAUUGAUGCCAUCUCUGAGGUCGUUGGAACUACCUUUGAAAAUCUGCGAGCCUCUGGAGGUCAGCUUGACUGGCGUGACCUUGAUCUUGCUUUGCACGAGAUGUUCUUGUUCGGAGAUAUGGCCGUCAAGGGCGGUAGUCUCUACCUGAAGGGUGCUCCUACCGGUGUGGCUGCGAGCCGUCUCAUCGAGAUGAUGCUCCGCAUGGUUGAGUCUGACAUUCGAUCCUUCACCCACCCGGCCACCCAGCUUCAGUACAUGGAAAUCUGUGUUCGUUACAGCUCGUUCUUCACUCACCAUACUCACCUCAUCCCCGGUGUUUUGGAGAGCUUCCUUCAGCUCGUUCACCACCCUGUUCGUAAGGUUAAGACUCGUUCGUGGUACCUCUUCCAGCGUCUCGCGAGACAGCUACGCAGCCAGAUUGGCAACGUUGCACAGACCGUUGUGGAAGCACUGGGUGACUUGUUGGUUAUCCAGGCUGAGCUGCCCUCCGAGGGUGACGAUGGUGAUGAGAUGUCUUCUGAGGACCACGAGGGCUCCGCAGAUGCUGUCUUCAACAGUCAAUUGUAUCUAUUCGAGUCUGUUGGAAUCAUCUGUUCUACUCCCGGUGUUGCUGCCGACAAGCAGGUUCUCUAUGCCCAGUCUGUGUUGAACCCUGUCUUCGGAGACAUGGAGCGUAACCUCGAAGCCGCGAAGGCCAACGACGAGCGCGCGCUGCUCCAGAUCCACCACGAUAUCAUGGCUCUUGGAACACUCGCCCGAGGCUUUUCCGACUGGCAACCAGGCACCAGCUCGCCAUCUGCUCUUCCUGCUCCAGAGGUGUCGGCAGCUUUCUCCCAGGUUGCUGAAGCUACCCUUGUUGCCCUUGAGUCCCUCAAGUCCUCAUUCAACAUUCGAACUGCUGCUCGCUUUGCAUUCUCCCGUCUCAUCGGUGUUCUGGGCGCACAAAUUCUCCCUCAGCUGCCCCGCUGGAUCGAUGGACUCUUGACACAGACAUCCUCGCGCGAUGAAAUGGCCCUUUUCCUUCGCCUUUUGGACCAGGUUAUCUUCGGAUUCAAGGGUGAAAUAUACAGCAUCCUCGACACUCUCUUGACCCCUUUCCUGCAGCGAGUCUUCUCUGGCAUUGCUGACCCCACUACCGGCACUGAUGACGAGAUCCAGCUUGCCGAGUUGAAGCGGGAGUACCUGAACUUCUUGCUCGCGGUGCUGAACAAUGAUCUUGGGGCCGUGAUUAUCAGCGAGAGAAACCAAUCCAUCUUUGAGACUGUCAUCACCACCCUAGAGCACUUUGCCAAAGACAUCGACGACUUUACCACCGCCAAGAUGGCAUUCUCCGUGUUGGUCCGUAUGGCGGGCUCCUGGGGUGGGCCAGACAUUGCCCCCGCCCCUACCAACGGCGCAGCAACAACUGCAGUCGCACUCCCUGGCUUCGGUGGUUUCAUGAUUACUCGUUUCUCUCCUCUCUGCUGGGCGCUCCCAACCACGCCGUCCUUCAACUCAAAGGAUGCACAGGCCAAGCAGGUCCUUGCUGAGGCCGGUGGUCUCCAACGCACCAUCUACAGCAAGACAGGCAUGGAGUAUGCAGAAUACUUACGAGGCCAAGAACUGCCCGGAAUGGGCAUGGGUGCUCCUCUCAUUGAGGAGUUUUUGACUGCAUUGAGCCAGUCGGACGUGAAAGGGUUCCGGCAAUUCUUCCCAUCAUUCAUCCAACGAUUGAGCGCAUGA